UGUCUGCUACGUACAGCAGAACUAUGUUCUGUCUGAGCUCUGUGAUGAAGACCACCACCAGGAUUUAUUUCCUUUAUAUCGCCAUGAUGAGAUUCUCUGCUGCUGAGGAACUGAAGAGGAACCUGAAUGGAGUUGUUGGAGGAAACGUCACUUUCCCAGAUCCUCUGCUGGAAUUAGGAUUUCUGUUAGAAGGAAUAACCAACCUCGCUAUGGUGAAUGAAGGAAAACUUCAGAUUCUAGAGGAAAAAUACAAAAACAAACUUCACUGGAACAGAAACUCUGGACUCUUUACAAUCACAGACCUGCAGAAGAGCGACUCUGGAGAUUAUAACAUCGACUCUAAAGGAGGACGAGCUCUAAGUGUCUCCUAUUCUUUGACAGUUUACGAUGGUGCUCCGACUCCUGCAGUAGAAACCCUGACUGUGAGCUCUGACAGCUGCUGGUUGCUCUGUUCUGUGGACAAAGCCACGUCUCUGCUGUGGUACAAAGACCAGGAAGUACAGAACCAGAACAGUUCUGCUUCCUCUUUACCCAUCACUGUCCACAAAGAGGACAGAGACUCAUCCUACAGAUGUGUAGCAGCCAACCCUGCAGAAAACAAGACUCUCCAUGUUAACGUGAGGACAGCAUGUGGGUUCAACGAGACAGAAAGUGGUGGUAACCAAAGAGCAUAUUUCAUCGGAGUUGGUGUCUCUGUGCUGUUAGUUGUAUUUGUUGCUGGGAUAUUCUGGAUGAUCAAGCAGAGGAUUCUGGGUAAAAAACAACCAGUCAGACAAACACAAGGAGGAGAAGAUGAAUCUGAUCAUCGACCCAAAAAUCAGGAAACGGACCUGGUUGCUGGUCCACCUGAGCCCACCGGUCAUCUUUGGCCCGGUGCUGCAGGUCCACUCUAACACGUCCCACAAUGC